AUGGCUACCUAUGCCCUGUCCCAAGCCCACCGGGCUCAAAUGGAGAACACUCUGGUCGAUUCCGAUCCCGAGAUUGCUCAGAUCAUGGAAAAAGAGAUUCAGCGUCAGCGUGAAUCGAUUGUCCUGAUCGCCUCGGAGAACUUCACCUCCCAUGCUGUUUUCAAUGCUCUGGGCUCUCCCAUGUCCAACAAGUACUCGGAGGGUUACCCUGGGGCUCGUUACUAUGGUGGUAACCAACACAUCGAUGCCAUUGAGCUUACCUGUCAAGCUCGUGCGUUGAAGGCAUUCAACCUCGACCCCGAGAAAUGGGGCGUCAACGUCCAAUGCCUGAGUGGAAGCCCUGCCAACUUGCAGGUCUACCAGGCCCUCAUGCGUCCUCAUGACCGCCUGAUGGGUCUUGACCUUCCCCAUGGUGGCCAUCUGAGCCACGGCUACCAGACCCCCGCCCGGAAGAUCUCGGCCGUCUCUACUUACUUCGAGACCUUCCCCUACCGUGUCAACCUCGAGACCGGUAUCAUUGACUAUGAUCAGCUGGAGACCAAUGCUGAGAUGUACCGCCCUAAGUGUCUGGUUGCCGGUACCUCCGCCUACUGCCGUCUGAUCGACUAUGAGCGUAUGCGUAAGAUCGCCGACAAGGUCGGUGCCUACCUCAUUGUCGACAUGGCCCACAUCUCCGGAUUAAUCGCUGCUGGCGUCAUCCCCUCUCCUUUCGAGUAUGCUGAUGUUGUGACCACCACUACUCACAAGUCCCUCCGUGGCCCUCGUGGUGCCAUGAUCUUCUUCCGCAAGGGUGUGCGUAACACUGACCCCAAGACCGGCAAGGACAUUCUGUAUGACCUUGAGGGCCCCAUCAACUUCUCCGUCUUCCCGGGUCACCAGGGUGGUCCUCACAACCACACCAUCACCGCUCUUGCUGUUGCCCUCAAGCAGGUGGACAGCCCCGAGUUCAAGCAGUACCAGGCACAGGUCCUCAAGAAUGCCAAGGCUUUGGAAACCGAGUUCAAGCAGCUGGGUCACAAGCUUGUCGCGGACGGCACUGACAGCCACAUGGUUCUCCUGGACCUUCGCCCCAAGAGCUUGGAUGGUGCUCGCGUUGAGGCCGUCUUGGAACAGAUCAACAUCGCUUGCAACAAGAACUCCAUCCCCGGUGACAAGUCUGCCCUGACUCCUUGCGGUAUCCGUAUUGGUGCUCCUGCUAUGACCACCCGUGGUAUGGGUGAGGAGGACUUCAAGCGCAUCGCGAAGUACAUUGACCAGUCGAUCAACAUCUGCAAGAAUGUCCAGGGUGAGCUGCCGAAGGAAGCCAACAAGCUCAAGGACUUCAAGGCCAAGGUUGCCUCUGAGACUGUUCCUGAGAUCCUGGCUCUCCGUAAGGAGAUCUCCGAGUGGGCCAGCUCUUUCCCUCUCCCCGUUUAA